AUGGGACAACACUUCACUAAUGAACAAGGAGAACAGGUUGAGAUUGAUGUGGCUGAAUUGCAGGAAUGGUAUAAGAAGUUUGUAAUGGAAUGUCCAAGUGGGACACUCUUCAAGCAUGAAUUCAAACGAUUCUUUGGGGUUCAUAAUAAUCAAGAAGCAUCGGAUUAUGUGGAAAGCAUGUUCAAAGCUUUCGAUAAGAAUGGGGAUAACACCAUUGACUUCCUAGAAUAUGUGGCUGUUUUGAAUCUGGUUUUGCGAGGGAAGCUGGAACACAAACUGAGAUGGACAUUCAAAAUAUAUGAUAAAGAUGGAAAUGGCUGCAUAGAUAGACCUGAACUCCUAGAAAUAAUAGAAGCUAUUUAUAGCAUUAAGCAAGCAUACAAUUCUGAAGAAGAAAGAGCUGUUCCCGGUCUCACUCCAGAAGAAGUUGUGGAAAGAAUAUUUCAUCUCGUAGAUGACAAUGGAGAUGGACAAUUAUCUCUGGAUGAAUUCCUUGAGGGAGCGCAAAGAGAUAAGUGGGUGAUGAAGAUGCUACAAAUCAAUGUAAGCCCAGGUGGAUGGCUUGCCAAUCAGGGAAGAAAAAGUGCAAUGCUCUAA